AUGAGAGAAGACGACACAGACUGGUUCACAAGAUGGGAAGAAGAGCUUCCAUCACCCGAAGACCUCAUCCCCUUAUCCCAAUCUCUCAUCUCUCCCGAUCUCGCUCUCGCCUUCAACAUCCACCUCCCUAACAACCAACCUCCUCCUCCUCCUCCUCCGCCGUCAUCACAAGCCAACUCCUCCGCAGAAUUCGCUGCAGACUCAGCAGAUCUAGGCUCCGGCGCCACCACCACCACCGGCGCCGGAGACGAGCCGGCGCGGACCCUGAAACGCCCUCGUCUAGUCUGGACCCCGCAGCUCCACAAACGCUUCGUCGACGCGGUGGCGCAUCUCGGGAUCAAGAACGCUGUCCCCAAGACGAUUAUGCAGCUUAUGAGCGUUGAUGGGUUGACUAGAGAGAACGUGGCGAGUCAUUUGCAGAAGUAUAGGCUUUACUUGAAGAGGAUGCAAGGUUUGUCUUCGGGCGGGUCGGAUCCCGCGGCGGAUCGGUUGUUCGCUAGCUCACCCGUUCCGGCUCAUUUCUUACACCCGAACCGUGUUCCGAGUUCGGACCAUUUUAUGCCGGCGGCUUUUGUCCCGGUCGUGACGCUUCAACAGCAGCAGCAGAUGGCCGCGGUUGCUGCUGCAGCCGCGGCUCAUCUGCAACCGCCGCCUCAGUUUCACCACCGGCAAAUCGCGGCGGCGGCGCAUUUUGGGUCUCAGACCACGAACGGGCAGUUUAGUUCGGUGAUGGCGAGUGGGAAGUUUGAUCAGUCGUUCUUGGCGAGGCAACCGCAGUUGCCUCAGCAGACGGUUCAGAGAAUGGCUACACCAUUGUUGCAUAGUCCGGUUGGUAAUUAUGUUGAGGAUUUGGAGUCUGCAAACGCUAAUGGAGGAAGAACAGUGUUGACUUUGUUCCCAACUCGAGAUGAUUAGAAUCUAAAUCUAAUCUUCCUGUAAAAAAGACAUGAUUAAUGUAAGCCUUGUGACUAUUUCAUUUUGAAUCCUUUGUAUGUUCAAAGUGUAGUCUUACAAGAACAAUGAUACAAGGUGUAUGCAGUCUUUAUCAGUUAACAUUGAUGCAAUGUGAUGCCGUUAUGUGUCUGAAUCUACUUUAUGAUUAUUUGUAAAGAUGAGUUCUUGUACAUUUCUAUGUACACACUCAAGGUUGGGAAAAGGAAAUUUAGAAUUGUACAUCACAAUGUUCUUUGUUUCUAAUUUUAU